AUGGCCGAUCUGUACAAGAACGGCGGCGUCGCGCGGGGGCAAGCUGAUGGCUCACGUCCACUAAGCGGCCACAUCCCAAAUACCUCGCCAGAUAAAUCAGCGGCGGCAGAAGCAGGAGCAACAACAACGACAAAACGAGGAAACACAGACACAGAAACAUUGUCACGACCUUCGCUGGCACCCAUUGACCAACGACGGCCUCACUCGCUGCUCCCGCCGGACCAGCGUCGCCUACACCGUCCGAGCCACGAACGUCUCUUCAGCAAGAUGCACGAGGACGACUCCCUUCACUAUGAUCCUGUCAACCGCGAAGGCCGUUCGGCCAGCGUCGUGCGCAAUGACGACGGCUUCAUCGCCUACCCGUCGCUGAUCCCGCCCCCUGUUGAGUCACCAGGCGCCUCUGUCAGCAACAUCAACAACAAUGUCGGGCCCCGCAACGACUACCUAGAGGCCUAUCCGCGGCCAUCAGGCACGUUUGAAGGCCGGCCGAAAGCCAUCUCCGACCCGCCGAACCCCGAGACCGUGGCCGCGGCCGGUGACAGCGGUGGCGCACCGCUGGCUACCGCAAGCACCGCCAUUGCCUCCUCCGCCGUCACACCCGGCGCCAGGAAGACAAAGAGCCAUGGCUCCAGCGGAACGCGGCCGUCCAGGCAGCGCUCAUCCACUCUCCCCAUGCCACCCACACGCCGCAAUUCCAAUGUCGCGCUCGUCCAGGAACUGCGGAGGACGUCCUUGCUGCAUUGGGGUGAUCUCCUAGAGGCCCCGGCCUACGCGGACGAGCCUACGGCUGGCGCAGCAUCACAAAAUGCAUAUGAAGGGGGUCCCAACCUCGAAGCGCAGCAUCAGUCCUCGUUGGCUGCAUCGAGCCAGGCAUCAGGGCCCAAAUCAUCCGCGUUUUGGAGACGAGGGAAGAAGAGCAAGCUGGCCCCCUUUCGUCCCGCCUCGCUCACCUUCCUCAACUCCCAAUCCGCCAAGCGCGAUGGCCGCCUGCCCAUCUCCGUCAAGGACACAAGCCACACUGGCGUCCUCGCCAAGGCUGUCGGCGCUGCCGUGCGUCGCAUCACACCGGGCGACAGCAGUGGCAGCGAAGAGCAAAAGAGCGAAUCGGAGAUUGACGAAAUCGAUGAGCCCGACGACGCGGCCUACACUGCCGCUCAGACCAGGGCCGGCAUGUCAUUGGCGGCCGCCGAGUUCAGCCGUGUCUCCCGCAGCCUCGCUCACAAAAAAGCCCCCAGGCUCAAUGUUGUCAUCAUGGUUAUUGGCUCCCGUGGCGACAUUCAGCCCUUCCUCAAGAUCGGCAAGGUCCUCAAGGAAAAGUAUGGCCAUCGCGUCCGCGUUGCCACCCAUCCAGCCUUCCGCGAGUUUAUCGAAAAGGGUGCUGGCCUCGAGUUCUUCUCCGCGGGCGGCGACCCGGCUGAGCUCAUGGCCUUUAUGGUCAAGAACCCCGGCAUGAUCCCCAGCCUGGCGACCGUCCGGUCCGGUGACAUUGGCCGCCGUCGUGACGCCAUGGCCGAGAUGUUCGAGGGCUUCUGGCGUGCCUGUGUCGAUUCGACCGACGACCCCAACGAUGUGCGCAACCUCAAGCUCGUUGGCGACAAGGAGCCCUUCGUUGCCGACGCCAUCAUUGCCAACCCACCGAGCUACGCUCACAUCCACUGUGCCGAAGCCCUCGGCGUCCCCCUCCACCUCAUGUUCACCUUCCCCUACACGCCCACUCAGGCCUUCCCGCACCCCCUGGCCAAUAUCAAAAAGUCCGCCGUCGACCCAGGCUACACCAACUUCAUCUCGUAUCCCCUCGUCGACAUGAUGGUGUGGCAGGGGCUGGGUGACCUCAUCAACAACUUCCGCGUCAAGACCCUCGACCUCGAGCCCAUCUCCACAAUCUGGGCCCCCGGCGCCGUGUACCGUAUGCACGUGCCCUUCACCUACCUCUGGAGCCCCGGCCUUGUUCCUAAGCCCGCCGACUGGGGCCCGGAGAUUGACAUUGGUGGUUUUGUCUUCCUGGAGCUCGCGUCGUCGUUCAAACCACCCGCCAGCCUCGAAGCUUUCUUGGCCGCCAGCGAGGAGCCCCCCAUUUACAUUGGUUUCGGCUCGAUUGUCGUCGACAAUGCCGACAAGUUUACCGAGAUGAUCUUUGAGGCCGUGCGCAUGUCUGGUGUGCGCGCGCUCGUCUCCAAAGGCUGGGGUGGCUUCGGAGGCAAGGGCGACAACAUCCCCGACAACAUCUACAUGCUCGAAAACACGCCGCACGACUGGUUGUUCCCCAAGGUCCGUGCUUGCGUCAUCCACGGCGGUGCUGGCACCACUGCCAUUGCCCUCAAGUGCGGCCUGCCCACUAUGGUGGUGCCCUUCUUUGGCGACCAGUUCUUCUGGGGCUCCAUGAUUGAAAAGUCCAACGUCGGCCCCAAACCCGUCCCCUACAAGCGCCUGACCGCCGAGAGCCUGGCCGACGGCAUCAAGUACCUACUCUGCCAAGAAGCCCGCGACGCCGCGCAGGCCAUUGCCGAGUCCAUUGAAUUAGAGGGCGACGGCGCCGACAAUGCCUGCACGUCCUUCUUGCGCACCCUCGAGCUCGAAGGCCACGGCUCCAUACGCUGUGCCAUCUUCCCCGACAAAGUCGCCGUUUGGCAGCGCAAAGGUUCCAACAUCAAGCUUAGUGCGCUGGCUGCUGAGGCCCUGGUCGAAAAGGGCUACAUGUCCUACAAAAACCUGCGUCUGUUGCGCCACACCGAAUGGAACGACUUUGAAGGCCCCGGUGAGCCCAUCACCGCCAUGUUCGGCUCCCUGGCCCGCUCCUCCCGCGCCAUCAUCAGCGGCCCUUUCUCAGCUGCCAGCCAGAUCAUCCGUGGUGGUAAGAAGAAAAGGAAGGACGCCAAGGAAAAAACGGCCCAAAAGAAAGCCCAAAAGGAGGUUGCCAAGCAGGAACAGGUCCAUGAUGCCGACAGCGAUACACUCGCCGACGACGACUCAAGCUCGUUUCAGGGUACGGGAAAAGCCGAGGAGGGCUCUUUUGAAGUCGUAUUUGCUGCCGUUGGACAGAACAUCGGCCGAUCUGCCAAGGCUCUUGUCAUGGCGCCCAUCGACGUGUACUUUUCGCUCUGCCAGGGCUUCCACAAUGCGCCUCGUCUGUACGGCGACGACACAGUGCGGCGGCCCGCCCAUGUCACAGGCAUCAAGAGCGGCCUCAAGGCGGCUGGCAACGAGUUCAUCUUUGGCAUAUACGAUGGCGUCACCGGCAUCGUGCGUCUUCCUAUCCGCUUUGCGCGCAAAGGCGGCGGGAUCCACGGCUUCGUGCGGGGUGUCGGCAUGGGAAUCAUGGGGUUUGUCCUCAAGGACAUUUCUGCCAUCAUCAGCCCUUUUGGCUACGCCCUCAAAGGUCUAGCCAGACAGGCCGAGCGUGGCAAACAGCCCUUGCUGUACCUGCGCCGCAACCGCAUAAUGGAGGCCCAGCGGGAUGUGCGUUCCAUGGAUGCGCAAGAGUGGAAAAUGCACUUGCAGAGGGCUUCGGCCGGCUGGGAAGCGAUGCACGAGCUGUACAGGACGGUGCAGCAGGGUGGCAGCAGCGAGCUCGCCAAGCGGCACGCCCAGAAGGGCCCGAAUGCCAACAGUGCCGCCGACGGUGCUAAUGGCGCCAGCUCCCACGGCGCCGUGGCCAUCCACACGCUCGCGCCCAGGCGCGGCAGCGCCGACAGCGUGUUCCAGCACCAUCACUACCACCCUGUCGGCAGCAGCGCGCGCCAGAGCCUCGAGGACUUGGAUUCGGCACUCGAAAGCGCCGAUCUUGCUGCCAUCGUGCUGGCGGCCAUGCGCCGUGGCGAGACGCUGGAGAGUGUCGUGCGUGGUCGCUACGUCGGUCCUCGACCGUAUAAGAAGCGGCCCUGUCACCGGGACUGCCGGCCGAAAGGCGGUCUCAAGGCGGCCUGCCGCGGUCAGCUAGCCGGGCAGGACAAGAAGGGGCGUGAUGAGGAGCUUGAGUGCAAACCUGCCGCUAUCGGUUCAUGUGAUGACGAUGACAACAGUUCCGCAGGGGAGGAGGACCCCGAGGAGUACGCAUCAAGAGCCCGAGCGGUGGACAUUGUGCUGGCGCAGUUGGGUCCGGACGCAGGGACGGCGCGCGGCCGUGUCGACAAAGAGUCGCACAAGAUGGAGAGGCUCAGAAUUCUACAAAAGGUGCGCGACGAAAUGGGCGACCCGGGCAAGAUAAAAGCGCCCGCGGCGUCGACGACGACCACAUCUACAGCAAUCUAA